AGAGAGAGCAGCAGAGAGUCGGUGCUCCGCUUGUCUGUAUCGGCGGGAGAGACGGGCAGCAUAACUCAGGAUUCAGCGAAGAUGGAAAUAAGUCUCCGUUUUCGAUCAUCUCCCUUGUGCGCCUUCACAGCCGCGUUGUAACCUUCACGGCGACUUGAUUGUGUUUUGUACAUUUUCCCGUUUUCUUUUUUUUUUGUUGGAACCAGCCAGCGCCAGCUAGCUUAGCGGCCAAUACUGUCAGACACACAGGUACAGGAGAGGAGAGAGGAGGGACUGGUGACAAAGGAAGGUGGCGAGGAAACGAUGAACCGCUUUCGAAAGUGGCUGUACAAGCCUAAGAGGACGGACCCUCAGCUCCUGGCCCAGUUCUACUACGCUGAUGAAGAGCUGAAUCAAGUGGCCACCGAGCUGGACGGCCUCGAUGGCAGGAAGGACCCUCAGCGAUGUACCCUGCUGGUCAACCAAUUCCGCUCUUGUCAGGACAAUGUGUUGAACAUUAUCAAUCAGAUCAUGGAUGAAUGUAUCCCCGACGACCGGGCCAACAGAGACUUCUGCGUCAAGUUCCCCGAGGAGAUUCGUCAUGACAACCUGGCCGGGCAGCUGUGGUUUGGGGCCGAGUGUUUGGCUGCCGGCUCUAUCAUCAUGAACAGGGAGAUAGAGAGCAUAGCGAUGAGGCCCCUGGCUAAGGACCUUACUCGCAGCUUAGAGGAGGUACGUAACAUCACCAGAGACCAGGCCCUGAGAGACCUCAACUUGUACUCAGACCGAAUGAAGGACGCUCUGCGACAUUUUGACAGCCUUUUCGCUGAGUUUGAGCUCAGUUAUGUGUCAGCCAUGGUGCCUGUGAAGUCUCCCAAAGAAUAUUAUGUACAGCAAGAGGUGAUUGUGCUCUUCUGUGAGACUGUGGAGAGGGCCCUGAAGCUGGGCUACCUCACACAGGACUUGAUCGAUGACUAUGAACCCGCUCUGAUGUUUACAAUUCCCAGACUAGCCAUUGUGUGUGGGCUGGUUGUGUAUUCAGAUGGGCCUCUCAACCUUGACCGGAAACCGGAGGACAUGUCCGAGCUCUUCCGACCGUUUCGCACUUUACUGAAGAAAAUCAGAGACCUGCUGCAGACCCUGACAGAGGAGGAGUUGAUCACACUGGAGAAGAAUCUGUGUAUCUCUCAGGAUGGGGAGUUGUCCACGGGCCAGGCACUGGCCACAAACAGCUCACAAUCUCCAGUCCAAGAGAAUCACUCAUCUUGUAAACCCACUAAUGACACCUCUAAGGGGGAGAGUGAGGGGGAGCAGGAGCAUCUGGCUCUGUUUGUCUGUCCCAGCCAGGAGGAGGAGCAGACGGAAGUGGAAAAGGCCUGGGAGGAGGUGGAAACAGAGAGGGGGGAGGAAGAACAGGAGCAGGGCCUGCUGUGUGAGGAGGCAGAGGAAGCUGAGUUGGCCUGCUCCAUGCAGUACGACGAGGAGGAGCUGGAGCAACUCAACAUGAUGGUGUACCGCGUGGGAGACGAGAUGUCCACCCUGCUUUCGCCUCCCAGCCAGGGUCAGUCCCCGGCACACCAACCAGGCAGAGGAGACUCCAGCGGGGCUUCCAGCUCAGAGGCCUCACCUCGAAGGCUCCUGGUGAGCCGGGGAAGGACAGGCUUCUAUGUAGAGGAGGAGGACAGGGUCUUCCUGAUGGAGGACCUUGACGCAGCAGGAGACAUCACCAGCAUCUCAAGAGAGGCGUUUAGUUGUGCCUCUCCAUCCAAAGCAGCUUCUGCAGUUCGCCCUGUGCAGCGUAAACCAAGCCCACGGCUAGACUCUAACAGGAAUGGCUGGUUAUCUGAGGCCCAGUCAGAGCAGCCAUGCCCGCAGCCACGGAGCCUCAACGGACACUGUCCUCAUGCAAAGCCACCUCCUUGCACCUCUGCUCCUGGCUCUGAACCUCUGCCUUACACUAAUGGAUGGGACGUGGGUUUGGAAGGGACAGCAUCUGAAACAGCUGAGGUCAUUGCCCACCGCAUGGGUGGGAUGAAGCUGUCCGCCACGGUCAUCUUCAACCCUCGCUCCCCAAGCUUGUCAGAGCUGGCCGUGGACAAGCUGCUUCUGCCGCGGCCUGCUCCCUCUGAGGUCGAGCCAUGCGGUCCCCUGGUGGCCACUCACUGCCUGCUCAACUCUUGUGUCUGCUGCGGGAGCUGCGAGGACGGCCACGAGGACGCCAUCACCACUGAGAACACUGGACUCGGGUUAGGACUUGCCCUGGGAUUGGACAAACACUGUAAGAUGGCAGCCCCCAGCACUGUCAUCCAGUCUUCUGCCUGCCGGCUUCCCCCACGAGGUCACGAGUCUAAUAAUAAGGGAGGGCUUGCCCAGUUUACUCCCCCUUCCUCUCGCUCUUCUGCAGAAACACUGGACGAGGAUUCUAACUAUCAGCUCUGUGAGAAGUGCCUGUUGGAGCCUAAAGUGCCAGUGCACCAUGCACAGGACUGUGGCAUCAGCAAAGGGGAUGGAGCCUCCCCCUUCAACCACCAGUUGGAGACAGAGAAGAGGCAGCAGGCCAGUGGAGGCCGACAAAGGGACAAAGAUACUGAGAAUGACAGGUUGGGAACUAGAGACUGGAAGAGGGAUACCAAAGAGGACAGCAGGAGAAGCUCCAGCCCUGUUAGCAGUUUGACACCCAGUUCUGGUACGUCUGAAGACCAAGACCAUCAAGAGAUCCAGUUGGCCCUGCAAGAGGCUAAGAUGGCUGCCAGGAACAAGAUCCGAUCCCGUUUCCACAGCAGCAGUGACCUCAUCCACCGUCUCUUUGUUUGUAUAUCAGGUGUUGCUGAUCAGCUGCAGACCAAUUAUGCCAGCGACCUUCGCAGCAUCCUGAAGACUCUAUUUGAAGUCAUGGCAACAAAGUGUGAGCAGGGAGACAAUGAUAAUCAAAAGAAAGCAGGUCCUGUCCUGCGUAGUGCCGUCCUCGAGGACUGUGCUCUUUGUCAGGAGACCAUUUCCUCAUCAGAAUUGGCAGCAAAGGCCCGGGAUGGCCAGUUCGAAGACCCCCCGGACUGGGUCCCUGACGAAGCCUGUAACUCCUGCGUUGCUUGCAAGGCUCCCUUUACCGUCAUCCGCAGAAAGCAUCACUGUAGAAGCUGUGGAAAGAUCUUCUGCUCUCGCUGCUCCUCCCAUUCUGCUCCUUUGCCCCGGUAUGGCCAGGUGAAGCCUGUCAGGGUUUGCACACACUGCUACAUGUUUCACGUCACUCCCUUCUACAGCGACAAGUCCGGCAUCUAACCGCUGAUGAUCACCAAAAGCACAAAGUAGAGAGAAAAUGCAACAGACAUGUCCAAGGCUGUGUACAAAGCAGACUGCUCAUUGUAACAGCUCAGCAAGGCUUCAGGGUAAGACCAUACAGAUGACAGAACAGAGACAGGAGACGCACCGCCGCGAGUCACCCUGUUCCUGUUGCUUCACAGGGAUCGGUGCAUCACUGCAAACCAAAGGGUUUGAUUUCAGCGCAAAGUCGACACACAAAUGAUUCACAAAUGCCUGACAGACUGUAGAGGUGCAAAAGGGAGAGUGCAUGAACAGGCAGUAACAGAUUUUGAACUGGCAAUGUGCAACAGUCCUCUGUACCAUUUAGCAGCACAAAAUCAAAGCUGGCUACCUGGUUUGAUCCGUUGCUUUUGGUAUAAUUGAAAGGAAAUGUGACAAUUUUUUAAAUCAUUGCUUUAGUGAGCUUCCUACUUUUGUGCCAGAGCUCCAGCGGGACUCAGAUUACACUAAAGAAUGUAAGUCAUUAUAACUAUGUAAAUAAGGAUAAAUCUGGUCAAAGCUACACUACAAUGUCUCCAGUACACAGUUACUACAUAUAUGGGAACUGGAGAGCAAUCAUCACCAGGCUACCAGUCCCAGCAAAGCAAAAAUGAACAACUGACAGCUUUUAUAAUGAGAUUUCUCCAUGCUCUUACUGGCAAUGAAUGUGUAAUUCUGUAUCACUUGGCAGGAUGGGGUCUAACGCGUUCCAACACGUUUACCUCUUGAUGGCAGCAGGCAGUGCCUUUUGCUUUUAGAGUGAUACAACAGCAUGUUUAGUUUUCUCUGGGGACUCAGCUACACUCUGAGAUAGAUAAAAGGGAUUCCUUAGUCAUCACUUGCUUUGUUUACAUGAACACAAAUAAUUGGAAUAAAGCCUGAUCAGAGUAAAAUGCUUCAUAUACACACGUCAAUCAGAAGAGACUGAUCCGAUCUGGCCUUUUCGGAAAGAAAUUUCAUUCAGAACGAGAGGGGUGGUUUAUGCAGAUUGUUGUUCAGAUCAAUAUUCAUGUACACCGUCCAACUGUCAGGACUUGAAGACCUGGUUGACCUCUUUUUACUCAGUGCACCCAUCACCAUGUUGUGUACAAUUUGUUCUGAACCGGAGGCUUUUUCAGGUACUGGCCUACAGACUACAGGGAGGUUAAUGCCCAAUGAGUUCUCUUACAAACACUAGAUAUAGUGCAAUAUUAUGACAUAAUCAGCAAUGAUACCGCACAUUUUCUAAACAGCCUUUUGCAAUAGAAAGCCAUUUCUCUUGGAAAAUGUUUAAUUCGGGUUUACACUAAAUUAUUUCUUUGGGUCUUAUGGUACAGGAGCAGAUAUUUUGCUCAUGGCUUCCUUUUUCUGCUGUUGAAUCUGCUUCCACUGCAAUUACAGCAUAUAAUGUUUCUUCCAUGCUCAAUAAGUAGGUACAUCUGAACGGUCAAAAUUGACUAAUCUAAAAUUAUAGCCCCAAAAUAUCCCAUUAUGUCCAUUCUGCUCUGACUCUAAAGCAGUUUCCUCAGGCAUAACAUAAUCAGAGUCAUUCACUCUUGUCUGAUCAGCACUACUUCGUCAAAUGACGUAUAACUUACUUUGAGAAGGUUUGUGUUUUUCUUUUAUAAAGAAAAAAAAUAUGUAUGAAGCUAUAAAUACCUUUAUGUAAAUUACAAGGAAACAUGUAGUAAUUAAAGGGCGGGAUAUCCUUUUAUUGUUUAAAAGCUUGGUCUUAUUUUGUAAAAAAAAAAAGAAAUUAUGGACAUUUCCAUGAUAAGAGCUGUGUGAAAUAUUCAACAAACAAAUAAUGUUCUAUAGUUUUAAAUGCAAUGUAUAUUGAAAUAAAUUACUUUUUCCUGUUUAAAAUG